AUGACCACCACCUCCACCAAGCUGCACCCCCUGUCCCAGAACCAGAAUUUUGGUCGAUCACACCUCCACCUCAGACCUACACCAACAACCAUGCCGCUGUACAAGCUCACCUCGAAGCGGCUCGCGCGCAAGGAGAAGGCGGAGCGGAUUGCCGCCAAGGCCGAGGACUCGGAUGCGUCGAGCGUCUCGGACAUGGAGAGCGAGGACAGCAUUGUGUUGAGUGAUGAGGAUGCAACAGGAGGAAGUGGCAGGGACACGCAGCGCGCAGCUAGAAGUGUUCGGGACGAGCUAACCCCAGACCUCUCCAGCGACGAGGACGAAUCGGACGACGAAGCCUCCGAUUCUGACGUUAUCGGUACGAAGCGGAAACGCGCCGACGAGUCGGAGGACGACAGCGGUGCCGAGAGCGGGGAGGAGCCCGAGUCGGACAGCGAAGAGGAGGUCGAGAUGCGGCCCUUCACGCUGACGAUUGAGCAAGUGGAGGAGUCUCCGCUCUUCUCGCCCCUGACGACGGAGUAUCCCCAGAUGUGUGUCGUUUGUCCCGAACGCGUGCUCAAGCAUGAGGUCAUGGCGAGGGUGCACCUGGACUCGAAUGCGCACAAGCGGGCCAUCAAGCGCUGGACCCAGCGCAUCGCAGCAGGCAACCUGCCCUCGACGGAUCCGCGCGAGAUCGUCGAGGACAUCCAGACUUCGCUCGCGGCAUCAAAGGCGCCGAAGGCUAAGGCCAGCAAAUCGAAACCCGCCAAGACCACCACUACUACCUCCUCUGCUCCUGCUCCCGAGCCUGAGGCCGAGUCUGAGGCCGAGGACUCCGACGAUGAGGACGAAGCAGAGGCAGAAGAGUCCGGCGAGGAGAGCGACGACGAGGCGCCCGCCCCCGCCCCCGCCCCCGCCGUACCCGAAGUCGAGAAGAAAGAGGGGGCCAAGCUCAACCGGCGCCAACGCCGCGCCCUCGCGCGCGUGGCGGAGGGCAAACCCGUCGAUGGGAGUAGCAAAGAGAGGCGGAAACGGCACCUCGAGGCAAAGAAGAGGAGAAAGGAGGCUGCUAAGAACAAAGAGGCCAAGACUGAGGCCAAGAAGGAGAGUAAGAAGGAAGGCAAGGACGGGAAGAAGGUCAAGAAGGCUCGGAAGUCUAUUGACCUCUAA